UCAAGAUGGAUGAUGAGUCGAACGCAUUCACCGUACGUGCCACACGAUAUACACGUGUGGAGAAAGUGGUAUUGGAUAACCCUAAACGAUAAAAAAUUAACAGGAUGAAUUCUAUCAUAUUGGAUAACUUCGACAAACUGAAGAAUAAUAAUGAUUUUGUAAGAUUAAACGCUGGAGUAGCGUUAUUAAAUCACUUAUGUCAAUAUAAUACGGAUCAAGAUGAUAAGGAAUUAAAAUACGCACUAAAUAGACUAGUACGUAGUUUAGGAUCAUCGCAAACACUUGCCAGGAAAGGGAAUUACACCACACUGACAGUUUUCUUAAUGAUGCAUCCUGAAACUUCGAUAGAAAAACUUUUAUCCAUAACAAAUACUCAAUUGCAUCCAAUUGGCAAAAAUACUAAAAGUGAAAAUGCUGAUAUAUAUAUGGGACGUAUAUUACUAUGUGGAGCAAUAAUAAGAUCAAAGUUACUUGUUCAAAGUACUAUUGAAAUACAACAACAGAUCACUGAGAUUCUUUUGAAUGCUGGCAAACAACGCAGUUAUCUAUCAUUUAUCUCUGUCAUGUUUCUCAAUGAGUUUAUCAUCCAGCUUGAUAUUGAAUCUAUGAAGAAAAUUGUUUGGCCAAUUGUCGAAAAGGAAAUUGGCAAAUCAUGGCCUGAACAAACUUUGGAUACAUUUUACCUACUGCUUAUUGUUGGCGACAAACAUCCAUCUCUAGUUAAUCAUAAGUUUUUAAAGGAACAUUUUGGCGUGAAACAGAUAAUUGCUAAAGAAUCUAUGGAAAAUAUUGUUAAACUAUUAACGGCUUUACCUCGAAUUGUUUCUUAUCAACAUCCAGUGUUCAAAUUAUUUUGUCAAAAACUAACAUUGACUGAACUUAUAACAGACUUUUGGAAAGCUAUUGAUCAGAAAUUUACAAAACCAUCGAAGAGUGAUGAAUAUAUUGCUACAGAAAUUUUACAAUUGAUACUUUCCAAUAUUACAGAUAAAACUGUAAUUCCAUCACUAUUGUCACCAAAUUUCUUGCAACAUAUAUUAAGAAGAUUUUCUAACUGUAAGAGGAAUAAUAAUGAUGAAGUUUUAACAGCAUUUAGAAAAGUUUUACAUUUAGUGAUAUCUGCUACAAAUGAAGAUAUCAAGACAAAAAUACAGUUAAAUAUAUUGAAGAAGCUUAUAUUACAUCCUGGUGAUCUUAUGAUAGAAAAGAAAACAGGCAUUAAGGUGAUCCAAAAAAUCACAGCAAAUCUGAAAUUAGAUGGCAUUAAAAAAUUAUGUCAAUUGUACAGAGAUAUUAUAGAAAACAAAACAAUUAAAGAAAGAGAAAAUGUAAAAGUAGAAUUAUGGACAAAUGCUGAGCGAAGUUAUGCAGCACAACUAUUAACAAGAUUAAUAGGACAUCGAGAGGCACUUUUAGAUCAAGAAUGGAAGUUUGCACAACUGACAUUUCUGUUCAAUUAUGGAUUGUGUGAAGUGUCAAAUGUUGGAAUAGAAUUAGCACCACAAUUUAAAAAUUCUUUUUAUCGUGCUUUGGAUCAUAAAUUGCCAAAGUUGGACGACAUGCGAAAUUUAUUAAGUAUACUCGUUCAUGAUUUGAACUCCAAAUUACAAUCCAAUGCAAUGAAAUUAAGAUCACCAUUGAGUGAUGCGGCAUCUGAUGCUUGGAGAAAAGCAUUAAAUUUGAUUGAAAAACUAGAAAAGAAUACAAAAAAUGCAGUUGCUUUACCAAUAUUUCAUACAAUGAAUUUACAUAUGAGUUUACAAUUAUUCUCAGAUCCUGAAAUAGCAAUUAUGUCAAUUGAUGAACUUCAAUGUUGUUAUGAAAGAUUAAUUAAAAAGUCCAAGGGACAAAAGUUUGCUGAUGCACAAGAAGAACCACAAUGGGUUGAAGUAAUAGUAGAUCUUUUAUUAUCUCUUUUAUCUAGGAAUAAUCAUUUAUUACGCUCAUUAGUUGAUAGUGUGUUUCCACAUAUCUGUCCAUAUUUGACUCCAUCUGCUGUUCAUCAGAUAUUGGCUGUAUUAGAUGUAAAAAAUAAUCAAAGUACACUUACCACAAAACAAAGUGAUAAUGAAGAUUUCUCAGAUAUAGAAAGUGAAUCAGAUAAUGAAGACGAAGGUGUUUUAAAUAGUGAAGUUUCAUCGAAAGAAAGUGAAUCUGAAUCUAACAUAAUUAAAGAUGAGAAUGAUGAUAAUAAUGAUAAUGAAGAGGAAGAAGAGGAUGAUGAUGACGAUGAUGAUGAUGAUGAUGAGGAUGACAACGACAAUGAUGAUGAUGAAACAAUGACUGAUAAAUUAAGAAUGGCAGUGCGUCAAGCCUUAGGUGAUGCUGCAACUCAAACUGAUGAUGAAGAUAUCGAUGUAGAUCAAAUAAAUGAAGAAGAAGGCAAGCGGUUAGAUGAAUCAUUAGCGGCAGCUUUCAAAAUUUUACGUGAGAACCGUCAAGCUCGGUCUAAAAAACAAGAAAAAACGAGUGAAGCAUUGACGCAUUUCAGAAUUCGAGUUAUAGAUUUGUUGAAUAUUUAUUUAGGAUCUUCCCCAUCUAUGGCAGUUGCUUUAGAUAUGAUAGUACCACUUUUUGCUCUCUUAGAAUUCUGUAUAAAAGAUCCGCAUCAACAACCACUCAAACAUAAAGUUCAGACUUGUUUAAAAAAAUUAUCAAUGAUAAAAAAGUUUGAAGAUACAACAGGUGUUGAUAAUACUUUGUUAAUGACAGUGUUAAAGGCUCUAAUUGAAAAAGGGGAGCGUUCUACUUUGAUCUGUCAAGAAAUAAGUGAAAACUUGGCUGAAUGCUGUACUUUUCUUGUAAAAUGUAUGCAACAAGCAAAUUUAUGUAGCAAAAAUGUUGUAGAACUUUAUAGUAAAAAUUUAACUAUGUUUAUGAAAAAAAGAGAUUGCACACUUUCGCUUAUAUUAUUUAAGAGUGUUCUACAACUAUGCUGGGAAGAUAAUUGGCAGUUAGCACUUCUAUUGGUAAACUCUGCUUUUGAUGGCAAUAUUCGAUACUUCCGUAGAAGUCAGGCGCUUGAAUUAUUAAUAACUUUAUAUAGAAAUAAUCGAUUGUUGAAUAUGGAAACAAAAAAUGCUGAUGUAAAAAUAAAAUUCGAAACAAUGCUUUACAAAAAUACUUUAAAUAUGUGUAAAGAAUUAUGUAAUUCGCAUGUAAGCGAUAAUGGACAAUUUAUUUCAUAUAAUGGUAACAAUAUACAAAAGAAAGUCCUGCAGAAAUUCAUUGGUCUUCUUUUAACAUUGUUACAUGCUGCUCACGCACAUCAUUUGCCACAAGUAUGGAAUUGGCAAAACAUUAAAAUGAUACUUGUAACAAUGUAUGAAAAUCAAACUAUUUUUUCCGCGGAUUUAAAAAAUGCAUAUAAAAAGUUAGCAAAACAGAUAGGGAUUUCACUCGAUGUGAAAUCGAGAAAGAAUAAUAAAAAUGAUAAUCAGUUAAAUGGCUCAACUGAUAUUCCUUUACAAAGUAAUGGCAAACAAAACAAUAUUAUGUGCCAAAAUGGAAAAAGUAAUGAUUUAGAAGAAGAAGAAGAAGAAGAAACUAUGCAUAGUGAUAACGUACACAAGAAGAAAAAGAAAAAAAAUAAACAAAAGGAGAAGCAGUUAUUAAAGAAAGAAGCACGUGAAUUACGCGCAAAAGCAAUGUCUAAAGAUAUAGAAUUGUUUAAAUUUAGCAAUGUCAAUUUAUCAGAAAAUGACAUAAAUGAGACGGAAAUUUUUCAAAAUGGACAUUCACAUGAUAAAUCCACGAAUUCGAAAUCGUUAAAUAAAAGAAAUCAUGGUAAGGCAAUGGAGGAAAGUCAUGAACCUAAAAAGAGAAGAAAAAGUAUCGAUUAAUAUAAUAAAUGAUAAUAUGUAUAAGAUAAUGUAUGGGAAUUAACAUAAUAGAAUACGCCUGUUUAUUCCGGUUGGCGAAAUAUUUUUGUAUGUAAGAAAAAUCUGUGUAUAUGUAAUAUUAAAA